CUUUUUUAUAAAUAGUGAAUAUGUUUUAUUUUUAAUAUUAAGGGAAUCAAAAUGAUAUAGCUGGAGUUUAUUCCGUGGUGUAACUCACAUACAUUAAGAUAUAACUCGCGUACAUUAAGAUGUAACUCAUCUACUUUUUCAUAAGCUCGAGUCUGCUGCUGCUCUAUCCCAUCUCAUCUUAUUCAAUUUCCGCCUCUAUAGUUCGACUAAGGAAGAGCGCCUCCAGAUCCAACGAAGAAGAGUAAUGCUGCUCACUUCCUACUUGCUGGGGCACAAUGAAUCUACGAUGAGGAUGGUGGCUGGGGGGGAGAGUGUUGUUGGGAAGGGGCCGGCCGCAAUACUGCGUCGUUUUGCAACCGGGCAUAUCAUCAUCAUGAUGCGCCGAUUGCACCAUAUAAUCUGCAGCGGAUCACUAUCUGUGGCGGAUUAUAUUAUGGGUUUCCCUAUAUGUCGCUGUUCGUAGAGGGUCACCAGUUUGCAGAUUGACCCAUCUAGUCCGGCCCAAGUCUUUAUACAUAGGCAGAUUUCAAACGUAUAAAGUCAAAGUCGUGCUUUCAAGAGUCUGUGGUCAAAGUGUCGAACAAUCGAGUCGUAGGAUCGGGUAUGGACGUGUUCGAGUCGACCCACAAGCUAGCGGGCAUAAAACUGUGUGCUUUAAAUACAAACUCUAUCCACCCAAAACCGGGUGCUUCCCACCGCUUGAUUGAUUCAAAACCGACGGGCGCCUGUCCAAAGUUUUGACAACCAAUUUCUUCUUCAUUUUUUGCUCCUUCAUAAGCACCAUAUAUCCUUUUUUCCCAAUCAGGAACCAGAACCAUCAAGAAAAAGAAAGGACAUUUCACAUAAUUGUAAAAAAUAUCCCGCCGGCAAAAAAGAAAGCAAAAAUGUGCAGAGGGUUUCAUCCAAACCGGCAAGAUUGCAUAAAGAUGCAAGCUUUCUACAUCCACGUGUCCGUUUUUCCCACAGCGCGAAACUCCUUGCCCGAAUUCUUGACCCUGAAUUACCUCCCGCGUAUAGACGACAGCCCUUUGGAGAUAAACGGGUCCAGGAUCCGCUCCGACGCGCCCGGGUUCGUGGCGCUCCACCGGCUCGUCUCUGCCGCCGCGGCAGUGACAGGGGCGGUUUAUGGGAGCCGGGAGAGAGUCGAAGCCAGCGAAGGGGCGAGGUUCGAGCUAUACGUGGGAGAUUCCAGGUUGAUGAAGGGCAUUUUCAGGAAAGACUGGGAAGGGGAUUUCUGGAAAUUGGAGUGGGAGUGCUUGAUGCCGGAGGAAGAGGAAAACAGCCGUUGUCUGGGAAUUAAAGCGGCGGAGGUCUGCAUAUCGGUGGAGGGAGCCGCGGCGGAGUGGAUCACCGGGAAGGUGGAUGUGAUACAUCCCCGGAGGAGGCACCGAAGGAGGUGUCAUUUGGGGCUGGAAGAAAUUCCUGAGCGAAGAGAAACAGAAACAGAGGUUGAGGCAAGUAGUGGUUGUUGCUGCUGCCGUGGGGAAGGGGUGGUCAUUGACGGGGAGGACGGCGGAGAGUGCGACGCGGCCGUGGAGGGAGUGGGAUGGGCGGUGGAUGUGGGGAUAUGGAUGGUUUGUUUAGGUGUGGGGUAUUUGGUGAGCAGAGCUUCUCGCAAGAGUUUAAUGAGAAAGCUGAUGCCUUCAUAAACUCAUCCGCAUAAUGGGAUUAGUUAUUAAUUAACAAGAUUUGUGUAAUAUACUCCGUAGUUCAUAAAAAAAGAGUGUAUCAUAGUUACAAAGAGUUGGGUCUUUUCACUUUUGGACAUGAAUACUUAUGAGCGUGAAACGUUAGUAGUUGUGAUUUUGUGAAUUUGUUAAUUCAAAUCUCUAGCCCAAUUCUUUUGAAUGGAUAUUGAAGCGGUAUAAUUUUUGUUAAUUCUUUUUCUU